AUGGCAUAUAGCAUUCGACAUAUACGAGUGCUCAAUUUCCAAACGUCAGCGAUGAUAUGCUGCGGCCUGCAACAAGGUGGGUCGUCAUAUGAAGUCCAGAGUAAAAAAACCGAAAACGCUAAAGGUUCCAAAAACUCCAAUAAGUCUCGUCAAGAGCAGAUUGCCCCUUCCAACUCUAAUCGAGAUCUCCAAAACAAGAAAAAGAAAGCAAGAAAGCAAGCGAUCAGGAAAUUCUCCCUUAUUGUCCUCUACCUGCUUUCAACCGGUGGUAUGGCAGAGCGCCAUUGUGCAACACUAAAUGUCCACGUGGCGAGAAGCCAUUUUGCGCGCCGCGAGUUCUCAUGA